AGUGGUUUGUAUUAAUGUUACAAAAGUUUAAAAAUCUAAAAUUAAGAGGCAAAUCUUGAGCAAUUAUUUAAUCAUUUUUUUGCAAUGUUCUUAAAAACCAAAGAGCCGCAAUAAUGGAAUAAAAAAGCCACAUGUUUCUCCGGAGCCUCAGGUUGCAGCAGAAUUCAACAGAUUCAACCAGAAACCGUUAUAAAUGUUAUACCGCCCUCUGCUGGACAAAACAACUCAUUUUAAACAUUUUGGACAUCAUUUUUUUUAAUGAACUAGUAAAAAACAGCCAAUGAUAAAAUGUUAUACAAAUAACUCUUAUAUAUGAUACAGUGUUGGAUAAACACAUACGCUUUUACAUGACUUUCCGUUUUUAUUUAAACUUUUCUGGGAAAUGUUGAAAUUAUUAUUUUUUUUUUUUUACAUUUUUUUAAAUAAUGAAAUGAGACAAUAAAUAUACAAUUUAGACAUUUUAAAUAGUUAAUUUAACCCCGUUAAUUUUGACAAACUGCAAAAUUUGCCACAAAAUUAGGUUAAAAUGUUUUUAUUCCAACAUUUACACAUAAAUUAUGUCAGGCAUAUUUAAAGGGUUUUUUUUUGUAUUUAUUGACCUAAAUUGUUCUGAUUGUCACAUGAGUUGGAACUCAAAUAGUAUCAAAUUAUUUAAAAAAAAUCCAACCUUAAUUUUAAAAAAAUGGCUGAAACAUCAGACCUGUUUCUCAAUUUCUUCUUUAUUUGUUUUUUUUUAGUUUUUUCUUUUACCUUACAAAGAUUUUUUCCAGUAUUAUUACACCAUUUUAAUUUAGAAUACAUCAAACAUUUAUGAUUUAUCCAUCAUCAUUUAUAUUUUAAAUGCGACUGCUUGCUGAUGGAUGUUCUUGAUGCUGAGCAGAGCAGAGAGCAUCACUGCUGCUUUAAAGCAGACAGCAGCCCCUCCCUCCCCUGCGUCAGCAUCAGCAUCACCCACAGGCGGCAGGAUGGCGAUCGAUCCGGCGGUGGAGCGUUCAGCUCAGAGGGGGAUUUGUGAGAUGGACCUAAUCACACAGGAGAGCUGAGGCACAGCCUGCGCUUCCAGGAGGGCUCCGGCAUCAUGAACCGAGGAGAUCCAGUUAGGGGUGCAGACGCAGUCAAGCGUCUGGCAGCAGCGUGAAGACGUGGACACAGGCAGGGAGACGUUAGGAUGGAGGAUCAAACCCCAACAAGACAAUCCAAAGCCAGGCUGCGUUUCUGUUUUUCAUCACAAUCAUUUCACCACAUCCAACCUGUGAGAAACACCUCCACCCAGACAGUCUGAGCCCCCCCUGUGAUAAAAAGGAAUGUUUAAUCACAGACUCACUAACAGGGGAUGGGAGUACAGGGGCUGUGGGUUGCCAUGGAACUAGUGACUUAGUUGUCAUAGCAACAGCCAGCAUCACCAUGCAGGAUUACUUGAAAGAGAUUUUGGGCCAGAACGUGGCCUACGCCAUCAAAGAAGUCCAUGCUCACGUGUGACGAGCUGAUACGAUAUCACCAUGGAGCUUCAUGUGCUGUUAACAUUUUCACAUCUGAAAACUGUCCGUGUUCCUCUUGGUUGACGUUCUGGAGACGAACAUCAUGGCGUUUUGCAAUGACAGCCUGCUGGAGGAUUGUCACCUCAUGGAGCCAGAGGUGGAGGAAGCAGCAGAAAGCCAGCCGGACAAGACUCCUCUCGUUUCCGUCACUCUGCGCGUGACUCUGGCAGCUGUGAUGAUUUUCAUGAUCGCUAUUGGUUUUCUUGGCAACGCGAUCGUUUGCCUGAUAGUUUACCAGAAACCGGCGAUGCGUUCUGGGAUUAACCUGCUCCUGGCGACGCUGGCCUUCUCCGACAUCAUGCUGUCCCUGCUCUGCAUGCCCUUCACCGCCAUCACCGUGGCCUCUGCGGACUGGAACUUUGGCAGCGAGUUCUGCAGGGCGUCCAUCAUGCUGUAUUGGCUCUUCGUCCUGGAGGGCGUGUCCAUCCUGCUCAUCAUCAGCGUGGACCGCUUCCUCAUCAUCGUGCAGCGGCAGGACAAGCUGACCCCGCACCGGGCCAAAGUGCUGAUCGCCGGGUCGUGGGCGUUGAGCCUGUGCGUGUCCCUGCCAUCAGUGGUGGGGUGGAGGACGGGGGCGGUGGGUGUCGGGGGUGCCUGGGCGCCCCAGUGUGUGCUGGGAUACAGCGAGUCCCUGGCAGACCGUGGGUACACGGUGCUACUGGCUGUGGCGGUGUUCUUCGUGCCGUUCGCGGUCAUGCUGUACUCCUACGUGUGCAUCCUCAACACGGUGCGCCGCAACACCCUGCGCAUCCACAACCACACCAGUGAGCACUCCUGCCUCCCGGCCCUCAACCAGGUCAGCAAAAUGCGGCUCACCGGGCUGCAGCGCCCGCCUCCCAUCAAGGUGGACAUGAGCUUCAAAACCAGAGCCUUCACCACCAUCCUCAUCCUCUUUGUUGGCUUCUCCGUGUGCUGGCUGCCUCACACCGUGGUCAGUCUGCUGGCGGUGUUCAGCCGACAGUUUUAUUACAGUCCCGUCUUCUAUCCGGUCAGCGUCGGGGCGCUGUGGCUGAGCUACCUGAAGACGGUCUUCAACCCCGUCAUCUACUGCUGGCGGAUCCGGAAGUUCAGGGAGGCCUGCCAGGAGUUCAUCCCCAAAAGCUGCAAACUGUGUCCCCGCGUGGCAGACAGGAGCCACAGGCGAGUGCGGCCCAGCAACAUCUACGUGUGCAGCGAGACCCAGUCGUCUGUGUGAAACACAGCAAUCCCAAAACUGUCGGUUCACUUUGACCACUGUAAUGGAUCUCAUCCUUAACCCUUCAACACCUGAGGCCUCGCCGCUGACGCAAAAACCGAAAAUCUGGAACGUACUUUAACUUUUCAACUGUUAACACGAUCAUUCCAGUCGAUUCUGAAGGAGAAAAGCGGCGUGAGACUUGCAGUUUCAAAACAAAAUUUGCAGCUCUUUAACGAGGCUUGCAGUUACAAAACGAGAUUUGCAGUUUCAAAACGAGAUUUGAAGUUUCAAAACGAGAUUUGAAGUUUCAAAAUGAGAUUUGCAGCUCUUUAAUGAUACUUGCAGUUACACGAAAUUUACAGUUUUAAAACGAGAUUUAUAGUUCUAUUACGAGACUUGAAGUUACAAAACAAGAUUUGCAGUUUCAAAACGAGAUUUCUAGUUAUGACACGAGAUUUCCAGCUCUUAAACGAGACUUGCAGUUACAACACAAGAUUUGUUGUUUAAAAACCACAAUGCAGUUUCAAAACGAGAUUUCCAGCUCUUAAACGAGACUUGCAGUUACACAACAAGAUCUUUUCUUUAACCCUACAACACCUGAGGCGUCGCCGGUGAUGCUAAAACCCCAAAUCUUGAGCGUACUUUAACUUUUGAACCAUUAAUGUUAUCAUUCCGGUAGAUUCGCGCCACUUUGCUCCUUCAGAAUCUACCGAAAUGGUCGUGUUAAUGGUUGAAAAAUUACAGCAAAUCAAAGAACAUAAACAUUGGAGCUCCGAUGUUAAAAGGUUUAAGACCUGCUUAGAUCAAAAUAGUCUUUUUGGUAUUGUUAACAUGUUCUUGUGGCAUAUUUCUGACAAUAUAUAGAAAAUAAAGCUCCAAAUAGUAUUUCUUUUAUCCAUGGGAAACAGGAAGAUGCUCCACCCCACCCCGAUGCAUCCACUGAAAGACAAAUAGAUCCAUGAACGUCUUUGUUUUCCUCGUCUGAGCUGGAAUCUGGAUCAAAUCUGUACGUCUAAAUACUAUAGCUUGGAUAUUGCUCGCCAUUUUUGUUGCACCAGAAAUGUUAAGUUGAGGCAACAAUCCCGUCCACAUCUCUGAGGUGAAUUUCUGAUGAACUCCUGUUGCUCUGUAGAAAUAGAUUCCAUAAUCAUGAUUAAAAGACCACUGGGAACGAUUUUAACAUAGUUCAUGAUGAUGGGAGUGGGUCUUUAACCUAUUUUUUGCAGUUUGUGUCUUUAUAGCAGUCUUUUAAAAAAAUAUUAACUUUUAUAUUGUGUUAAGAUCAAAAUUGACCAGUUUUCAAGUGCAAAAAUGGGUCAAUUUAGACCCGAACACAAUAUGAGGGUCAAUGAUGGUUGUGUAGAGAAGUAAAACAAUUUGGAUUCAAUUGGUUGGAAAACAUGCAGGACACCGGCCCUCGAGGCCUGACUUUGGACGCCCCUGGUCUACACACUGUAACUUUUCCAGUAUGAAGGAUUCCUUUUUUAAAUAAUUUCCUUAAAACAAUGCCAGAAGGGUAAAAGCGUUUAGGUGUUAUGGACAUCUUUAACUCUAAUGCCAACUUUACAGCUAUUUUCCUUUUUUUAAUGUGUUUUUAAACUGUAAACUGAUCAUUUUUGCCCUUCCUGACCCCUUCGAUAUCUAACAACAACAGUUUGAAUUUAUAUUAAUUUUUCUUAAAAGUAGAGCCUUCAAUAAAACUCACUUUGUACUGGAUUUGUUUUACAAAACUAGUUAUUUAGAGAUGGGCUAACUUCUACAAUAUCUACAGAAACAAACACAGACAGUAAAAAUGACUGAGGCAACAACUGCUAGUGGUUUCCUCGCAGUCAAAAACACGUGAUGAUUAAAGAUCCACUCUGAUUAUUUUUUAUUUCUUUUGGUUCUUUAAUUAUGAUUAUGUUGUUUUUAGUGAAAACCAAAUAAAAAAAAUCAGAGUCAUUUUCUAGGACAUAGCUUCUGCAAAGC